AUGGACUCAACAGCUAUGGUGGGCUGCGAUGGGGCUAACUACCGGUCUCGUAGCUACCAGCUCGAGAUGUUGGAAGCUAGCCGCAAAGAGAACAUCAUUGUCGCGAUGGAUACAGGGAGUGGAAAGACCCAUAUUGCUGUUUUACGGAUUUUAGAUGAACUCGAGGCUGGCAAUUCUCGAAACAAACUCAUCUGGUUUCUUGCCCCGACUGUGGCGUUGUCCCUUCAACAACAUGCAGUCAUCAAUAGCCAGAUACCUUCAGUCAAGACUAAAGUCCUGACGGGCCUUGAUAAUGUUGAUCGUUGGACCGACCAGGGAAUUUGGGACAAGUUCCUCAAGGAUGUGCGCGUUGUUGUCUCCACAUAUGCUGUCCUUGCUGAUGCUUUGACUCAUGGUUUCGUUCGAAUGUCCCGACUUGCUCUACUGAUUUUUGAUGAGGCUCAUCAUUGUACACGACGUCAUCCAGCAAACAAGAUAAUGCAGAACCAUUACCAUCCUGCUUUGUUGAGGGCUGGUCCAGAUGCCGUACCACGGAUUUUGGGUCUCACUGCUAGCCCAGUGGUCCGAUCAAGCAAUAAUGAGCUCGAAACGAUCGAAUCCAACUUGAACGCAGUAUGUAGGACUCCACGGGUCUUUCGCACUGAGCUCCUGGAAAAUACACAUCGUCCCCAUCUAGAGCGUUUGAAUUACACUCCUUUUGGUGAAAUGCAUUACGGUAUUGGCAGCCGACUACUUUCACCACUCAUGAAUUGUUGCAGUGCCUACAACAUAGAAGAUGACCCCUGGAUCGAAUCAUUGCGGUCGAAGGAAAAGACCGCUGAGCUCCAGCAAGCUCUUGCAUCAGGUAAAACAUUUUGCAGCGAGCAACUAAGGACGUUUCAGGCGCGCAGCUGUCACAUCUAUGAAGAGCUGGGGGGUUGGGCCGCAGACUUCUUUAUCAGUGCUUCGAUUGACCAACUUCAACGCUCAAUCCAAGAUGCCACUGAAAUGUCACAUUUGGACCGGAUGGAAAGGGUAUAUCUCUUGGAACUACUGCUCGCAAUGCCUGUGCCUGAUCCAGACGAGGAGAAUAUUCACAUAUCCCCCAAACUUGAAGUGCUUCUAAACUUCCUUGAGAAAAUGGAUAGACCUGGAUUUUCUGGACUAUUAUUUGCCAAUCAGCGAGCUACUGUUGGUGUUUUAGCACGCCUGUUGGCUCAUCAUUCCAAAACAAGAGACCGCUUCCAGUGCGCUGCUUAUGUUGGCUGGUCGAGCGAUAGAAACCGCAAAGGCUCUCUGGGUGACCUACUCCAUCGGGAUAUGCAGCGGGAUACUCUCGAUGAGUUCAAAGCUGGUCGAAAGAACCUGAUCAUUGCCACAGAUGUUCUCGAGGAAGGCAUUGACGUAAGCGCAUGCAGCUUGGUGAUUUGUUAUGAUAAGCCAGCAAACCUGAAGUCCUUUGUCCAGCGACGUGGUCGUGCUCGACAUCAAGAAUCCACAUACGCUGUCCUCAUCUCAACUCAAGACGAUUCGUUGAGCCUUCAUAGAUGGCAGGAACUUGAGCAAGCAAUGAUCAAAGCGUAUCAAGAUGAUGAGCGACAGCGCCUGAAAAUGUUGGAACAUGAAGUCAAGGAGGAGAAUGUGACUGAAACACUCUGGGUAGAAAAAACCAAUGCGGUCUUGACAGCAGACGAUGCAGUGCAACACUUGCUCCACUUCUGCGACGUCUUACCAACAGAUGAAUAUGCUGAUAAGCGACCGACGUUCUCCUUCCAGGAAAAUAGUGCUGGACUACUUUUGGGUACCGUUACCCUGCCAAAUUCCGUGCAUCCGACUGUUAGGCAAACAACAGGGAAAUCCUGGUGGCGUACGGAGCGGGCAGCCAGAAAGGAGACAGCAUUCCAAGCCUACAAGGCUUUGUAUGCGUAUGGGUUGGUCAACGACAACAUGUUGCCAUUGACACGGAAGCCAGAGCUGAGGUUCUCAGAACAGGAGAAUCUUCCGUCCAUUGUGGAGGCUGCAGAACAGUAUGAUCCCUAUGUAGACCUUGCACAGGGCUGGACUUCCGGUCAGUUGUGUCAGACACGACUGCACAUAUGCAGAAAUGGCUCUGUAGAUGAUGAUCUAGCUGUGUCCUUAAUUUUGCCACGGUUAACUCGGAUACCGGACCCUAUUCCUCUCUACUGGGAUCUCGAAACCACCUUAACCCUCUCCUUUCAUCCGCAAGCAGCGUCUUUUCAGACGACAGUUGACCAACUUGAGCAAAUGAGAAGAAUCACAGCUCUCUAUCUACAGGCCCCCAGCUCGCGCCCGCGUGGGGAGGAACGCGAUUACAUUGCCCUCUUUGUGCCUGAUAUUCCACAUGAAAAACUAGGCCUAUGGCUUGCGCAAUACGAUGGAAAGGAGCCCGCUUUGGAAGUAUAUGCAAGAGAUCCAACUUCGCCUCCAGUGGGUAUCGUUCGCGACCAGUCCAAAUUCAGCGAGCCUCGCACAUUCAACAGGUGGGUUGUGCCAGUCCAAAUCACAAAAUCCUCGCCUAUUGAAGUGGACUCUUCAUCACUCCCGCGUCGACGAAACUUACUUCAAGUCCGUGCAAUGGCACUUGCCGAAGAUGGAGAGGCAGAGGCACCAAAGAAGUCCUAUAUUGUCCCUGCUGCAUCGUGCGAUAUCGACAAACUCCCGGUGAAACAGGCUGUCUUUGGGCUCUUUAUUUCUGCUAUUCUCGAUCGGCUGGAGGCAUCAUUGGUGGCCCAUCGAUUGAACGAUACUGUUCUGAGAGGAGUGGGGAUCCAACACAUCCGCCAUGUCAUUACGGCUAUCAGUGCGCCCAUUGCACAGGCCAGUACCAACUAUCAGAGAUACGAGUUCUUUGGUGACUCCGUUCUUAAAUUUACAGUCAGUUGCCAGCUCUUCUUCCGGAAUUCGAAUUGGCACGAAGGGUAUCUGUCGGAAAGCCGUGACAAGCUCGUCCAGAACACUCGCCUGGCUCGUGCAGCCCUAGAUACUGGUCUUGACUCCUUCAUCCUCACAAAUCGAUUCACGCCCCGGAAAUGGUCCGCACCGUUGAUCAGAAACAAGAUGGAACCAUCAACAGCCAAAAGGAAACUGUCGUUGAAGGUCCUGGCAGAUGUUGUCGAAUCCCUCAUUGGCGCAGCAUACAUAGAUGGUGGAAUCCGGAGAGCGCAAGCUUGUCUCCAUCGCUUUUUGCCUGAAAUCGAUCUUUUCACGGACGAUAUUUCGCCCGCCAUUCUCCCACCAGGCAAGGGCGUGAGUAACCUAAUCAAUCACGAAAGAUUGGCCGGUUUGAUCGGCUACACUUUCAAUGAUCCUGCUCUUUUGACUGAAGCGCUCACUCAUGCAUCUUGUGAGUACGAUACAACCACACAAUCCUACCAACGCCUCGAGUUCCUUGGCGAUGCUGUCCUCGACAUGGUCGUCAUGGCAGUGAUAGCAGCCCACCCCGUGGAAAUGGACCAGGGCCCCAUGACACAGUUGAAACACUCCGUUGUGAAUGCCAACCUACUCGCCUUCUUUUGCAUGGAGCUCUGCGCUCCAGAUGAACCCAACCACGUCCCCCAAUUCAACAAUGGCGAAGUCUACCUAGUGCCACACUACGACCAGAUCCACUUAUGGCGCUUCCUCCGCUCCCAUGGACCCAACAUCAACGCCGCCCGCGAGGCAUGUCUCGAGCGACACCAGAUUCUUCGUGAAGAGAUCCAUAACGCCCUGAGAAACGGGACUCAGUACCCGUGGGAAUUGUUUGCCCGUCUGCGCCCGGAUAAAUUCUUGUCUGAUAUCAUCGAGAGUGUCAUUGGUGCGAUCUUCAUCGAUUGUGGUGGAAACCUGGAUGUCUGCUAUGCAUUCGUGGAACGUAUCGGGCUUGUGUGGUACGUCCAGCGCAUUAUUGCCGAUAAAGUUGAUGUUGUCCAUCCGCGCAACACCGCGCAGAACAUGGUGAAGGGCGUCGGCACGUUGGUCUUCAAGCGGAAGAGGAUUGAAGCUAAAGGUGUGGCUACCUAUCGAUGCUCGGCGAUUGUCAACCAAAACGAGAUCGCACUGGUGGAAGGUUGUGCUUCUGCCGAGGAGGCUGAAGUCAAAGUCGCCAAUGUUGCGAUCGAGUACUUGACCUUGCACCCUUUGGAACCUAAAACAGCUUGA